AUGGGCAAGAAAAAAAUGAAGCUCCUUUCUCUUCUUAAGAACACACAAGUUCUGUCUCUCUCUUCUUCUUCUUCUUCUUCUUCUUCUUGGCCUUGGCCAUCUUGUCACCAACCUAGAACCCUCUCUUUUAGAGCCAAAGAUGACACAUUCAAAACUAUUAACUCAGCCUACUUGGAUGCCACCAUGGACAUCUUGGAGAGCUCUGAAUCAUUUUUCACCGUUUCUCCCAAGUCUGAUAGCUUCUCAAUGGCAUCUGAGGAAUCCAUAAAAGAGGAUUCAAUUGAGACUGUGAUUCGUGGGUUGCGUUCUGAGAGGCUUUUCUUCGAGCCAGAUGAGACCAGCUCUAUAUUAGAGGCUAAAGUAACAAGCUUGCCAUUCAAAGACAGUGUGGUUUUAUCCAUGGAAUCUCAAGACCCUUAUGUUGAUUUUCGAAAGUCCAUGGAGGAGAUGGUAGCGGCUCAGGGUGUGAAAGAUUGGGAGGGUCUUCAGGAGCUUUUAUGUUGGUAUUUGAGGGUCAAUGGGAAAAUCAAUCAUGGCUAUAUUGUUGGUGCUUUUGUUGAUUUAUUGGUUGGUCUUGCAUUUGCUUUAGGUUCAUCAUCAUCAUCUUCUUCUUCUUCCCAUUCUCCUUCUUCUCCUUUAUCGUUUCAUAGUUCUUCUCUGUCUUCUUGCAGCACUCGGUGUGUUUCUUGUUUGGAAGCUGAGGUUCGUACUCCUAGUUCAUCUUUGUUGUUAGAACAUGUUAGGAAGGGGAUUAAACACAAAGAUGAGGCUUCAUCUUCGUCUUCAAAUACUUGA